UUAAGCAAUGCAAGGAUUGCAUUUAAGGGACCCCAGUUUGUUUCCUGAUUAACUGAGCACCGUAUUUUGGAUCUAUCACACAACACCAACCAUGGCUGACAAAACCUUUCACAUUGCAUUGUAUCCAUGGUUUGCCCUUGGCCAUAUUACUGCAUUUGUCCAUAUUGCCAACAAGCUAGCAGAGAGAGGCCACAAGAUUUCUUUCUUCUUGCCUGCCAAAACACAGCGCAAGGUUGAGGCUUUCAAUCUCCACCCGGAUCUCAUAACCUUCAUUCCGAUCACCGUUCCACACGUUGAAGGUCUCCCCCAUGGGGCUGAAACAACAAAUGAUGUUCCUUUCCCUUUGCAUCCUCUCAUUAUGACCGCCAUGGAUCUCACGGAACCUGAUAUUGAAGCUUCCCUCCUUGAACUCAAACCCCAUUUCGUUUUCUUUGAUUUCACUUGCUGGUUGCCAGCCUUGUCUCGCAGGCUAGGCAUCAAGUCCGUGCUUUAUUGUAUCGUUAGCUCUGCAACUAUUGGAUAUCUUCUUAGUCCAGCAAGAAAGAUUCUUGAGAAAGGUUUGACAGGGCAUGAUCUCCUGGAGCCUCCGAAAGGUUUCCCUUCUUCAAGUAUCAAGCUACGCACCCAUGAAGCUCGAGGGUUAGCUGCUGUAACAACAAUGGAUUAUGGAAGUGGUAUCUCAUUUGUGCAGCGCCAGCUAAGGUCUUUAAGUGACUGUGAUGCUAUCAGUUUCAAGACAUGCAGGGAGAUUGAAGGGCCUUUUUGUGAUUAUAUCGGACACCAGUUUGAAAAGCCAGUGAUAUUCGCAGGACCAGUAGUGCCAGAGCCACCAAAACUGGCGUUAGAAGAACGAUGGGAAAAGUUAUUGAGCAGCUUUCAAGCUAAGACCGUGAUAUUCUGUGCCUUUGGGAGUGAGUGUGUUCUCAAAAAAGAUCAGUUCCAGGAAUUGGUUUUAGGCCUUGAACAGACAGGUUUGCCAUUCUUGGUUGCCCUGAAACCACCAAUGGGAGCCGAAACAAUAGAGUCAGCAUUGCCAGAAGGGUUCCAGGAGAGAGUACAAGGAAGAGGACUCGUUCAUGGAGGUUGGGUGCCGCAACAAUUGAUCUUGAGGCAUCCUUCCGUGGGGUGUUUCGUCACUCACUGUGGCUCUGGCUCUUUGGCAGAGGCUAUGGUGAAUGAUUGCCAAUUGGCAUUGCUGCCUAAUGUUGGAGAUCAGAUCAUUAAUGCAAGACUGAUGGCUGGAGAUUUGAGAAUUGGAGUCGAGGUUGAGAAAGGUGACGACGAUGGACUUUUCAGAAAGGAUGGCGUUUGCAAGGCCGUGAAGGCUGUAAUGGAUGAUGAUAGUGAAGUGGGGAAAGAGGCAAGGGUCAACCAUGCUAAAUGGAAGGAGUUCCUUCUAGGCCCAGGGCUUGAAAAUUCUUACAUGGAUGCUUUUGUAGAGAAGCUGCAUGCCCUGGUGUGAGACAUGAUCAUUGAA